UUCUUAAUAAAAACAGAGCAACUGUCGGGCAGGGCAGGCGUUGCCAACUAAAAUGCAAGGAUGAUUCGAAGAACAGUACAAUGGAACCGUAUUCCUUGUCGGGUAUGACAUAAAUAACCGCAUCUACAGCUUCAGCCCAUCAAACGAUCCAAAUAGAAAAACCCAAAAUAGAAAUGAUCCAAACCGAAGUUGGAAGAGUUGUUUUCGGGAGGAGCGAGUAAGUAAAACCCCUUUUGUGAUAAAUCCCAAAUCCAUAAGCUUCUCGCCUAGCAACCAAGGAAUCUACCGACUUCAAUGGCUGUCGCUGAUCAGAAAUCAGACCUCGAUGGCAAGGUUUGGAGCCUUUGUAGUAUACCCUUUUGGCAAAAUGGCAAUGUCUCCUCGUCUUCUGGUUCUUCGUCGACUGCUAUUCAUCGCGUUAAUGAGCAAAGUAAUGGUCAUAAGCCAACAGAGAACUCGGGCUCCUAUCCUUCUGGCAAGGUUUCGUUCAUUGCGAAAUCUCUACUCCCUACCAGAAGAAGGCUUCGUCUCGAUCCUUCCAACAAGCUCUACUUUCCAUAUGAACCUGGGAAGCAGGUAAAGAGUGCUAUUGAGAUACAGAAUACGAGCAAGAAUCAUGUGGCUUUCAAAUUUCAAACGACCGCGCCGAAGAGCUGCUACAUGCGUCCUCCUGGUGGUAUACUUGCUCCUGGUGAAAGUAUCAUCGCAACGGUGUUCAAGUUUGUGGAGCCACUAGAGAACAAUGAGAAGCCUGUGGAUCAAAAGAGGAGGGUUAAGUUUAAGAUUGUGAGCUUGAAAGUGAAGGGUAACAUGGACUAUGUGCCAGAGCUGUUUGAUGAACAAAGAGAUCAUGUAGCAGUUGAGCAAAUACUGCAAGUUGUUUUUCUUGACCCGCAGCAUUCUAAUCCUGCUUUGGAGAAACUCUUCCGACAACUAGCUGUGGCCGAGGCUGCAACUGAGGUGCGUCAAAAGCCAGCAGAAGAAACAGACCCGAAAGUCGUUGGUGAAGGACUCGUCAUCGACGAAUGGAAAGAAAGAAGGGAAAGAUACCUAGCUAAGCAACAGGUUGGAGGUGUGGAUUUGGUGUGAAAUCGAGCUGGUCGUGUUAUGAAAGUUGGAAUCACAUUCAUGUGUGAACCUUUCUUUGAGGCAUUCGUCGUCGAAGAGCAGUCAUCGACAUCGACAUUAGCAAUCAAAAGCGAAUGGCUUAACGACUUGAUUUGUGAUGGCGUUUCAUGAUCUUGUGUUUGUUUGAUUGAUUGGGUUGCUGUUUCUGUUGGAGUUUGAAGGUUUUGAGGUAAAUAGUGGGUGUUGUUCUUGAAAAGUGUUGCUGUUUGUGAUAAAGUUUGGGGCAAAUGAGCCAAAGAAUCAAGUCUUCAAAAUAGCAUGUCCUGUUGAGAGGCAUCAUUUGUGAGCCCACUUGCUGUGUGGAAUGGUAUCUGCUUGGUUUAUAUCUCCCUUUCUUUGAAAUCUUUCCCUUAGUGCUUUCCUAUCAGACAAAGGCACAAAAAUGACUGCAUAUUAGAGCUAUUCCACAUCUUAUGAAUAUAUUCUAGUGAAUCGGGCGCAUU